AAUACUUGUAAGAGGAGGGUGAAUCCAUUGAUUUUUCCGACCAUGUAGCCCUUUUCAGUGACGAUACUGUGACAGUUUUUACAAGCAAACUUUUCAUUUUGUGCUCCACCAUCACAAGAAGGGCUUAUGUGCUCCUCGCCGCUUGAUUUCCGACUAGAGGUGCUCUGUGUUGCUGCUGGUGUAGAGUCUGUUUUAGCAGCUGCAGCACUGCAUCAACAUGGGUGUGAUUGGUGUGCAGCUGGCAGUUACCAUGGUAAUGGCCAGUGUAAUCCAGAAAAUUUUACCUCAUUAUUCCUUUGCAAGAUGGCUAUUGUGCAGUGGCAGUCUACGGUGGUAUCAGCACCCUACAGAAGAUGAGUUGAGGAACUUGGCUGGGAAACAAAAAGGACAGAAGAAAAAAGACAGGAAGUAUAAUGGUCACAUAGACAAUAAGCCAUUAACUGUUCCAAAGGACAUAGACCUGCAGCUGGAGACGAAAUGCAUCACAGAAGUCGACACUUUAGCAUUGUAUUACUUCCCGGAGUUCCAAUGGCUCGUAGAUUUUACAGUAGCAGCGAGUGUYGUCUAUCUGAUAACAGAACUUUACUACAGUGUGGCUCAGCCCUCUGGAGAGAUGAACAUCAGUGUGGUCUGGUGCCUACUUGUGCUCGCCUUUGUUAUUAAGUCGCUUUUCUCCCUAACGGCCCACUACUUCAAGCUGGAGGAAGGAGGAGAACGCUCACUCUGUAUUACAUUUGCUUUCUUUUUUUUUGUCAAAGCCAUGGCCAUUCUUAUUGUCACUGAAAACUACCUGGAGUUUGGUCUUGAAACAGGUUUUGCCAACUUUUCUGACAGCGCUCAACAAUUUUUGGACUAUCAGGGCCUGGAGUCACAGGGUCCCAUAUCUAAACUCACUUUCAAGCUGAUUCUGGCCCUGCUCUGUUCUCUGAUUGGAGCAUUUUUAACCUUCCCUGGCCUACGGCUUGCCCAGAUGCACUUAGAUGCACUCAAUUUAACCACAAACAAAAUUACACAGAUUCUGCUUCAUAUCAACUUCCUGUCCCCUCUCAUCAUGGUCCUGCUCUGGGUGAAACCUAUUACCAAGGACUACAUAAUGAAUCCCACUCUGAGAAAAGAAAGUGUGCCUUUGAUGACUGAACAGACGUACGAUACGUUGCGGUUAUGGGUUAUUAUACUGAUGUGUAUGCUCCGGCUCGCCAUGAUGAGACAUCACCUGCAGGCCUACCUCAACCUGGCACAGAAAGGUGUAGUCCAGAUGAAGAAGGAAGCGGGACGGAUAAGUACUGUUGACCUGCAGAAGAUGGUUGCUCGUGUUUUUUACUACUUGUGUGUAAUCGCACUACAGUAUGUGGCACCCCUGGUGAUGUUGCUACAUACAACUUUGCUGCUAAAAACCUUAGGUGGUCACUCCUGGUGGGUCAAUCCCCAAGAAGACCUGCCGUGCAUCCAAGAAAUGAACUCUGAUUCUGUAGUGGGGGCAGAACCAGUUGCAUCCUCACAACCAGCUUCAGUGGUUGAAACAGGAGCUCAGGCAUCAGUAGUUCAACUUUCAAUGGCUCUUGGUGGCCUGCGGACAGUUUUUAGCCCCUUACUUUUCCGGGGCCUUUUCUCCUUCUUCACUUGGUGGAUUGCUGCCUGUCUUUUUUCCACCUCACUUUUUGGCCUCUUCUAUCAUCAGUAUCUUAUGGCAGCAUAGCAUCAACAAUCCAAGAGUGGCAUUCACCCCACCCCCACAGUUCUACUGUGUAUUGAUUGUGGUCAAAAAGAACAUAAUGGGGGGCAACAUAGGCCUACCAGUGACUCUAUUCCAAAGCUUCCCCUUCCCCUAAUCUGUGACCACCUCAGACUGAUCAGAUCAUAUCAUCAGAACUCUUGUUUUUCGUUCCAGCGCUUCCUCCUCAGAUGACUGUGAACUCUGGUUGAUGGUUUUACAUUUACAACCUUGGGUUUUCUUAUUUGUGCUGCAAAUGUUUUAAGCCACAAGACAACCAUAAAGACGUGUCAUUACUGAAUUAGCAAAACAACAUAGAGCGUCUGUUUUUUCAGAGGUCGCCUCAGCCAGCAAAAUUGCACUGGGAAGUGUCAUUUUAUGUCGGGUGUCCUUCCUGAUGCAAUUGAACCUGCUCCAAGAUUCUGUACAAAUUUUAUAUGGUAAAGCACUCAAAGAUGCUUGUCACAAUUAAUUGUUAAAAUGUUGUCUAUCAGUUCUCUUAGGUCUGCAUUUUUUUUUCUUUUAAGCCAACAGGAAAGCUCAAAUAAUGUUGUUGGUUCACAAAGAAGUAACAACCGUCUGUCUAAUCCAUUAAUAUUAAUAGUUUCUGAUUUGUAAUACCUUCAACUUAAAAAAAAGUGCAGCUUCAUACAGAUGUAGAACAUUUUAAAUGUCAGUUUCCAGUGGGAGGGAAUGCAGCUUUUAGAAACGACACUCACCACAAACUUCUUCAAGUCUGGCCACAUGCAGUCAAAGGUCUUGAAAUUGAGCACAGACUGUAUUCCAGGCUGUAACAAAGUAUAUUUUUAUCAAUAUGUUGUUGAAGUUAAUUUUGGUUGCAAUAUUUUCAUCAUUGUAGUCUGACCUCACACCUCAGUGGGUAUUUGUUUUGUGUUCAAUACGGCUGUCUGCCCAACUUGGUGAAUUCUUGCAUUUGUUUCUUACUAAAGAUUUUACAGUUUUUGGCCUGUUUUCUCUCAAAUAUCUUAACCUGUUGUGUUGAGGACCAGGGAGUCUGUUUCUGGGAGGACAGUGUGUCAGUCUACAGAUAAUUCUCAGGAUGGCUGGCUGGGAAGGCACUGUGAUCUUAAAUGAAGGUUUAAGAAGUGGGGAGGAAUGAGAGCUGUAUUUGCAAAGAGCAAGAAGAGAUGAUUUCUAACUUGACUUGAAGUUUGAGUUUAACUGAGCUUGCCAUAGAGGACAAACGUGGAUUUUACAAUAGAAGAUGUAUUUGUUGUUUCAUGUUUUAUGGUUUAAACUGAGCCAUUUUAUUGUAAGAAUUCUAAGUUGUUGUUGAGCAGCAACUUUGACUCAAAGGGAGGACAGUGAGUCAGGCUCAGUCAGGGUUUGCGCUGGUGUUUGUGUGUCUGUCUGCAGGCAUGUGAUCUCUGCUGUACGUCAGAUGUAAUCUGAAAGGGCAUUGUGAUCAAAAGACGUCGGCUGCUGUUAGAAUACCACCUUUAUGUUCUGCAGAGGUUUUAUUAUUAUUUUUGAGAAGAUCAAAUAGUGCAUUUAUAGAAAGUGAAUUUUAAAAUAGUGCCAAGUGAAUCUCUUAACCCUGCUCUCGGAUGAUUUUGGUUCAUUUCUGCAGCCUUCAGUUUUCUGUAGAACCAAGAGGGAAUCAGCAGUUCUGGUUCACACAAGGACAUUAUCUGCUGAGUUUUUCAAUCCUGUCAUUGACGGAGAAAUAUACGCACAAAUUGUGAUUGUGUUGAUGACCCUCUGGUCAGCAUGACUGUUCAGUGUCAUUAGGAUUUUAAAAGUACAUGAUGCCAGAUUAAUUACAGAUUACACAAUGUCUGCGUUUCUGGUCUAACAAGCUGCUGUUUUACCUGUUGUGUAAUCCAGCUGGAAUUUGUAAAUUCCAUUUGUGAGUUUGUACACAACACAAAAAGUCCAGCAGCACCAUAUCACCAUUUCUAUACUCCCAGUUUUGAAAGUCUUAGCUUUAGUUUGUAUCUGUUUGAAACAAUGGAGAAUAUGCACAUGGUGAAUGUAUCAAUCCUGCCUAACUUUUAGAAUAUUUUCUUUAUGAAUUGAAAAGUGAUUUAUUUGUUUGCAUUGAUUUAACACCCCUCAUCCCUGCACUUAAUGACUGUAUUUAAUUUGUUUUUGUUCUUUUUUAAACACAAU